AUGCACAGUAUCAGCAAAAAGCGCAAGCUCAAUCCACCUCGCGCUACUAGGAAUAUGGGCAGCAAUCUCGCGAAUGGUCUCUUGUCAGGCCUCACACAAGCUACAUCGACACCGACUGUCACGGGUCAGUCCUCUUCAGUUCAAAGGGUCUUCUGCAUUCCAGAAUUACUUGAAGCUAUCCUCGAAGUCGUGCCUCCGCUGGAGCUGUUCAAACUACAGCUGGUCAAUCACGAAUUCCACAACAACAUCAUGGGCUCGAGGUCCUUACAAGACUUGCGGCUCGAGGCGGCACUCAAGCCCUUGCCCCCCUUMACCCCGGAAGGCGAAACAAUUUAUGAUUCUCUCGACCAUCUCUUACACACAUCCUUCUCUCCACUCGCAGAGAGACUUCGGCGCCAGCAUUUUGUCCUUGGUCCAUUCAGCUUCGUUAUGCUCGCGAAUGGAGGUGGAAAGCAGGCCAACGGCAACAAGCAAGUACCGGAGCUCCAGUUCGUCCUAGACUAUAGCUGCCGCAUUAAGCUUUCUCCCGACGGUUCUGCGCGUUCUGAAACCCCAAGCGAUAAGCUUGGGCUUCAGAUAUGGAAAACGCACGCGAAGGCCAGAGCCAACCACAAGAGUGGCCAGUUCAUUGGAUACAUGGGUAAGAACAAGCUCCAUCCGCCCGACCAGACCUGKAGCUGCAUGAACAUGACCACCGACCGCAAGCCCUUCGACAUCGCCGUGUGGGUUUUUGCGGAUAGUGGGGACUUCUACAAGCACGUUGUGCGAUUUGGAACAGGCCGCAGAACUAUGCGAGAUCUCUUUGAUAUCUUGACGGAUGUUCUAGAUCGCAGCAUGGAGAGGCAUGAGAACGAGGCUCAAAUCGCCACCUGGAACGGGAAGUUUUAG